UUGCGAAGACGUGCUCAUAUAUAUGGUCGGAUUUAGCCAAUACAGGUUGCACUAAACGCAGAGCCGUGCUCACUAUGUUACAAGAAAGGCAAUUGCCUUAGGCCCCCAACUUACAUCCUAUAUUUUGGGGCCCCUAUUUUAUUAUUUCAUUCAACUUUUUAUAACUUUAUAGAUAAAUUUUCCUAUUAACUUUGAUAUAUGCAAUAUUUUUGUUGCUAUUCAUUUAUUUACACUAUCUGGAUAUAUUUCAUAUUAUGCUAUUAUAAAAUUUAAGAUUUUAACUUUCAUAUUUAUUCCUAAAAUAUUUCUGUCUUCAUUUUUUAAGUUUUGUUUCAGGAAUUAAUUAUUUGUUUCAUAUUUAUGCUCUUGUAGUUUUAUUUGCAAUCUUGUAAUAAUACAUUUUAAGUUGCCUUUUAGCCUAUCUAAAUCAACAUAUAUUUAAUUAAUUAUUACAAAUCGUUUUAGAUAAAUUUUGAAUAUUUGUAUAUAUGUUUUUACCUUUUGUUUAGAAAACUGAAUAGCUUAUAUAAUUUUUAAGAAAUUUUAUGUUUGGUUCUUCAUUUAUAUAUUUAUAAAUUUUAAAUAUAUUGUUUUGUAGAAUAUUUGUGAUAAAUGUUUAUUACUAAAUAUAUUGUUUUGUAGAAUAUUUGUGAUAAAUGUUUAUUAGGCCCUCAACACCUAGGCACGGCACUGACUAAACGUUUCCAGAUUUUACCAAGAAUCAUUACACACAUGUAUUGUAAACAAAUAGCAUGCAUAUAUUUGUCAUGAUCACUUUUUAGAUGCAUAUAUGAGAAGCCUAUUACAGGUUUGGUUGUAAGUGAAAAAAUACUAAUUCAGGUAUGAAAUACAUUAUAAAGGUUUGACAUACUACUAACUUUAGCUACGGAUUUGAGUCUUUGCAAAUGUAUUAGACUAUCUUAAAUCAAAAUCGACAUAAACAUAAAUUUGGGUUUGGGUAUAAAAAAUGUAUGUGGUAAAGUACUUAUAAGGAUUUCUUGAGAAUUGGACCAAGAAAAUUGCAGUUGAAAACCCAAGACAUUCACCGAAACGUCUUCAAAGCCAGGCUUAAUGAAAAUUUCAUAAAUGAAAUUAAACUGAUAUCAACUUAAAAUCGAUGGAACACGAAGUUAAUGUGAAAUAAGUUUCAAGACUGACAAUUUACAGUUUCAACUAAUCUCUAACAUAUAUAUAGAUGUUCAUGCACUUUUCUCUCUUAUAACACCAAAGAUAAACUAGAAGCAAUAAUGAAGACCUCCAUUGUCUUCUUCGUAGUCAUUCUCUCCAUUUCUGCUAUCUCCUUAGCCAAGCAGAGCCCUCCGGAAGCUUGCAUAAGAAGUAACAUUGCCCGGUCACUCUCUCCUCCUUCAAAAACAUCUAAUUUCGAGGUGUCAGACGAAUUGUGCAGAGAUGAGGCACGAGCCAUCAUGUACUACUUGAGACUUAACAAAGAGUUCCCACCAUACUACGUCCAGGCGUUGUGCAAUAUAUUUGGAGAUGAUGAAAAGAAAGUGAAGGUAUACGUUACUAAGACAUGGUUGAAUCAUUCCAAGAAGCUCCUCAAUAGCUUAACAUGCAUGAGAAGAACCACCCUAGUAACCAAGACUAAGAGCCCUGUGGAAGAUUGCAUACGAAGAAAAAUUGCUCUAUCACUCUCUCCUUCGCCUUCCCACACAUCUCAUUUCGAUGUUAUGAAAGACCAGUUAUGCAGACACGAGACACGCAUUAUUAUGUUCUUCUUGAAAAUGAACGGGAAGUUCCCAACUUACUACGUUGAGGCAUUGUGCAAUAUAUUUGGAGGCGACGACAAGAAAGUGAAAAAUUACGUUAUGAAGAAAUGGUUGGAUCAUUCGGAGAAGCUCAUCAAUAGCUUAACUUGUGUUUCUUGAUAAAAGAUAAUAUAAUUUUGAUGAACCAAAACAAUUCAAAAAAUUUAAUAGGAAAAAACAAUUAACUGCUUUUCUUCACUACAGUUAAAAAAAACCGGAUUGAAUGAUGAACCAGUAAAACAUAUAACUCCUGGUCCAACAUUGUAUUAAAUGCUCAAAAACAAAAUACUGAUGAUCAAUGAUUUUUUUCAUUCCAUUAAUAUCUUCCAUCUUAUUAUUUUCUAAAUCUAUUUUUUAAAUUGUUCAUACCCACUAUUUUUCUUCAAUUUUUAAUUCAAGUUUUGUUUAAUUUGAAAUCAGCAGAUACGAGUUGAAGACACAAGUGAGAUGGUGAGUUAUUUUGAAAGAUAUUUAUUGAUCUGUUUGUAUAUGUGUCAUCUCGUUUUUGGUCUUCUCCUUUUAUUGUUGACUUUUUUCUUUUUUUUCUCCAAGUCAUCAUGUUUCUUUGACCGCUUUUAACUCAAUUAGGUUGGCAUUUGUUUACUGGAUGGGCCUUGUCCUAUGGAUGCAAUUCAUCCAACAAUAAACCUCCAGCUUAUCGCGAGAGAGAAAAUCAAUCUCGAUGAAUUUGCAAGAGUAUGUUCUAAGAGUAAAGAACUCGGCACUUGCCUUUCGAAUGAAUCCAAGCUUCCAUCUUGGCGCAUUAGUAGGCUGCAAUCCGCUUCACCGUGAACUAUCCUAAAUCAUAGCAACAAUAUGAAUAAACUGCAAGAGAGAGAAGGGAAUCAGAAACAGUCAUACCCCUAUAAACCGCAGGAAAUCGUUUCAAUCUUUUAUACUUAUAGAUGCCAAAGAGAGAGAGAGAAGGGAAUCAGAAACAUACAGACUUUUACCUUCCAGACUAGACUUUUACCUUCCAGACUUGCAGAAGGAAUCCGAUCUAAUGUAUACCAAGCCCCAAAACAAGCAAAUUAAGCUCAAUUAGGUUGGAGAUCAGCUUUGGUUCCUUCAAACAUUCUCAGCAAGUGUGGGUAAGGCACGUGAUCCACUUUGGUAUCUCUAAUACACUCUGCAGUCAAUAAAUCAAAGAGUGGUACUAGAGAGUGGUUAGAUUAUAAUAUUAAUAAAUAAACUAAAUAUCAGUAAACCUCCCCAUAGAGUUAAAUUACACUAUCCCCAGUGUAUAUCUAGUCGAAGUUUGGUGAGAAUAUAAAUUAAAAGUACACAAUUUAACAAGGAAGAACGAUAUAACUGCUUGCUGAUGUUGAUUGUCGAUCAACACAAUCAAGUGUUUGUCGAUCGAAUCUGGUGUAGUAUUGUCGAUCGAAGCCGACCAGGUCUCAUCGGUCUUGUGUUGUAUUGCCGAUCGAUGUCGACCAGGUCUCAUCGGUCGAUAGGCUGAGCUAUCGUCUCCUCGGAUCUUUUUAAUAAAUUAAAUACGAAAAUCAAUAAUAAAUCUAUACAUAUAAAGGAGGGUUUCCUUCACUCAGACAAUCCAAAUCAAAUUCCAUGUCAUUAAGUCGGAGUCUGUGGUGGCAACACGUGUCACGGUCAAUCAAAACUCAGUGUUUCAUUUAUUCUUGAGUUUAAUGGGUUUUAUGUGUUUACUACGGCUCAAAUACAUCUUCUCCACAAAAUAUUAUACGAAACCUAGGGAAAGUGGCCGCCGUGCAACAAUUCACGUUCAGUCAACUGUCAAUAGAAAUCCAACGGUUUCUCCGAUGACGAACGAUUCCGAUCAAUGUCUGUUGGAAGCCAUCGUUUUUGGAGAAUAGACUUCUUUAAUCCAGCACUGUCACGAAAAUUAACUUGGUUCAUGCAUCUUCAUUAACAUUCACAUUAAUACAUAUUCUCCACUUCUCACACAAUCUCACAUUCAAUGAAUCCCAUCAUUGAUUCCUUUUUGUCAAUCCUCCAUUAUAAAUAUGAAAGUUUUCUUCCAACAAAAUCAUCAGUUCAUUUCUCUUAAUAAAUAACACAAAAUGUGAUUAAAAUAGAUCUAUUAAGCCCAUGAUUGUACUUAAUAGAUUCUGACAGAAAAGUGAUAAGAAACAUAAGAAAUGAGGUGAGAAACAUAAUAACCAGAGAAGAAGAAAAAGAAGGAAUAAGAUAAAAGAGGGGAGAUAACUUCUUUUUUUUGUCAACAUUUUCCAGUUAUGGAAAAGCCCAAAGACUUUUACAUGGUGAAGUAAUAUUAAAACACAUCCAACCCAAAUACAAUUUAAAAUUUAGCCUAAUAAUUAAUCCAGUUUACAGAUCGAAUAGUCAUUCCACGUAUCCCCCCAACCGCUAUCAGGCAUGAUGACACGCGUCCACUUCAUUGCACAUGAGUUUGGAAGUUGCGACACGACAUAUUAAUUUUAAUAAUGAUUAUGCAUCUUUGUUUAGUUUCACGUAUUAGGUUAUUUCUGUUUUGGAUAUUCCCAAUUAUGUGGGCACUUUAAGUUUGUUUCAAAUUAUAUAGUUUAUUUGCACUCCGGUAUAAGUUAUUUUUUUAUACAGGUGUUUAAAUUGUAUUUGUUUAAUUUAGGCGAAAAUGAAUUUAUGUAUAAUAUGACCGACCAAAUUUAGAGACUACCAUUUUCUAUUUAAACAGCCAAAUCACUUUUUGUUUGGGACAUUAACGGUGAGAUUAUAUUUCAAUACUAGAGUGGUCCACGUAUUAGCUGACUUGACAUGCACGGGAAGCACUAUGCAGGGCGUCCUCUGUUCCACUAAAAGCGUUUAAAGUGUAAAAAAAUAUUAUGUAUCACAUGAUCUAUAAAAAACACAGGUACUAAAAGAAUAUUAUUACAAUAUUCAUUAUGUAUAAUGGAAUUUUUACUGCAGUUAUUUAUUAUUUGUUAUCAUGUUAACACAUUCACUAAACAAGUAGACAAUAAGCUUUUUUAAAAAAAAUUCCAUGUAGGAAAAUAUACACAUUGAACGAUUUAAUGAAAAGUUUGGAUAUUAUAGCUGAUUAAGUGCAUAAAUUGAUUAGUAGAUAUUAAUAACUUCUUGCCAAAACAAAAUGACGGCCAGAUAAUUGAAUAGUCAAUUUCAGAUAUGAAACGAACGCACCCAAAAACUACUGAUACUUGUGUAACAUAUAAACCGGUUAACCAAAACUCGAAUCAUAUAAACGAUAGGGCCACAAAAUGUACCCUAAAAGAAAAAAAUAGGUUAGUCUCCUUUAAAAAGGUACUAAAAAAAGAUGUUCAUAUUUGCUUGGAUCAAAAUUUGGAAGCCUUUAUAAUAAAUAUUCAAGGCAUUUGACAUACAGAAACUCUGUUCGUCUGCUAUCUCUGAUCCGGUGUUUUAAAUACUGACUGCAUCACUUUCAUCGCAGGAACAACAUCCAAUGUGUUAUCCAACAGUUUUAAGCUUCGACGAAAACAUCGUUUUCAAAGCUACAAAUGCUAAUAUUUUGAGAAUCUUGAUUAUGUUUUAUUUUAAAUUUCGUCAACAGACGACUCUCUCUUAUCUUAGAGUUUUACAUUUCCCGUGCUGAUGAAAACCAUCAUAUUAAAACUUAGACAUAAGUCAAGUUAGUGGUUUCAAAUAUAGAGUCCCUAAUAUGUAUUUUCUGUGUUCCAAUAGUUUAAUAUAUACAUGGAAUAUAUCGUACUACCUUAUUCACACAACAAAUAAAAUAAAUAUAUUUCGAAUAAAUCAACACAACUGGUGCGUGACAAAACCGCAUAAAAUAAAAUCUAUACACAAUAAAUUAUUCUAUCAUAAUUACAAACGCAAAAACAUAAUAGUAAUAAUUAAAAAAACAAAAUAACUAAUUUUUACAUCCAUAAUAUUGUUAAGUAAAAAUAAUCAUUCACAUAUUCUGUUGAAAAACACUAUAUAUUAAUAAAAA